AUGGCGACUUCCUACCCUCCUCUCGCCGAGCGCGAGAUCAAGAACACCAUCUGCCUGUUUGAUGUGGACGGCACUCUGACGCCUGCCCGGCUGAGCGCCUCGCCUGAGAUGCUCGACCUCCUCAAGCGGUUACGCCAAAAGGUCGCCAUCGGCUUCGUAGGCGGCAGUGACCUCGCCAAGCAGCAGGAGCAGUUAGGCAGCGCCGAGGUCGAUGUGACGACAAUGUUUGACUUCUGCUUCGCCGAGAACGGGCUGACUGCCUACCGGUUAGGCGAGCAGCUACCCUCCAACAGCUUCAUCAAGUGGAUCGGCGAGGAGCAGUACAAGGAGUUGGUGCGCUUCAUCCUGCAUUACAUCGCCGACCUGGACAUCCCCAUCAAGCGCGGCACCUUCAUCGAGUUCCGCAACGGCAUGAUUAAUGUGUCUCCCAUUGGCCGCAACGCCAGCGUCCAGGAGCGGAACGACUUUGAGAAGUAUGACAAAGAGCACGGUGUGCGCAAGCAGUUCGUGGAGAAGCUCAAGGAGAAGUUUGGCCAUCUGGGUCUGACUUACUCCAUUGGCGGUCAGAUUUCGUUCGAUGUCUUCCCCAAUGGCUGGGACAAGACAUAUUGCCUGCGGCAUGUCGAGGCUGAUGCUGAGCGCCCCGACGGUGUCAAGUUUACCACCAUUCAUUUCUUUGGCGACAAGACUUUCCCUGGAGGAAACGAUUAUGAAAUUUACAAUGACCCCCGCACGAUUGGACACUCGGUUACCGGGCCUGAGGACACCAUGGCUGAGCUGAAGCGCCUGUUUGACCUCUAA